AUGGGAAGACUGGAACUGGUUCCAUGGUUUGCCACAUUUCUUCCCAGUGUUCUUUUGGGGUUGGACUACGGCAUAGUGGUGGGAAUCGCGGUUGAUCUCAUUCUGCUCCUCUUCGAUAUCGCCCGACCAAAAGUCGUCGUGCAGAAGAGACAACUGGAAGACCAUAAUUACAUGGUGAUCAAACCGGAGGGUCCAAUCGUCUUUCCAGCAACAGAGCAGGUUCGGAAUGCCUUGAUCAAGAAGUCCAGAAAGAACUUGGACAUCCCGGUCAUCAUGGACUGUGAGAAGAUAUCCACCAUCGAUUUCACCUCCACAAUGGCGGUGGAGGCGACCUUAUCCGACUUGGCAGAACGAGGUCAGGACCUGGUGUUCGUCCAUUCGGACGAAAAGAUAAAAAAGAUCCUAAAAGCCAAGCUGAAAUCGAAAUUUCGCUGCUUCGAUACCUACAAUGACUGGAUCUCAGCCACAUACACUCCGAAGCUGACCAGCCUACGUAACAGGCCGAUGCGAUUGAACUCGAGAAGGAUAUCAGUCCACGGGGAGAUCGUCGUGGAACCCAUCGACUGCAAGGCCUUCGUUGACUCAGAUAAUCCCUGA